GUCACUCGGCACGUUCCCAGUCACUCUGUGGCUCUGAACAUUGGUGCGACCAGUGCACCGCAUUAAUUCUAAUUUUAGAUUUUAGGUGGUCCUACGCGCUGGACAGUAGAUACACGUGGAGCACGAGAGGAGCCAGCAGAGUUUACUUUUCGUGCCAUCUGCGAAAACACAGAGGGAGGCCCUUGCGAAAUCCGCACUGAUAAACGCACAACACUUGAGGAAGGCGUGAAGCGUGUGUGUUGUGUUUUGCGCGGCACGGUGAUCGAUCGGGACCGGGGUGCGUCCGCGGCAGCAGGGGCGGCCGGACACGUGAGGCGGCGGAGCACGGGGCCGGCGCCUUGCUCCGUGCAACGUGACCGCGCCGACCAUGUGACCGCGGCGGGCCAAUCGGCGGAGGCGCGACGUCAGCGGGCCGGCGGUCACGUUGCGUGCGGUGUGGGCCGCCGAGGCACAAGGCAGCAGCAACACACAGCCUAGUCUUAGGUCCUGACAGUGCCAGCAGCAACCGAUUCGACAGCGUGGAGCUGAUAUGCUGAUAAUACGCACCACCGGCCAAACCGACCCUGCCGAAGGAUGAGCGGGACCGAGAUGGGAACCAGGUCGCCGCCGCACGCAGAGAAGCACACGGUGCACUGGUUCCGAAAAGGGUUGCGUCUGCACGACAACCCCAGCUUACUCGAGGGCCUCCGCGCCGCCACCACCUUCAGGUGCGUCUUCAUCCUCGACCCCUGGUUCGCCGGAUCCUCCAACGUCGGCAUCAACAAGUGGAGAUUCCUCUUACAAUGCCUGGAAGACUUGGACCGCAGCCUGCGAAAACUGAAUUCGCGCCUUUUCGUGAUCCGGGGCCAGCCCGCAGACACCCUGCCAAAACUGUUUAAGGAAUGGGGCACAACGUGUUUGACGUUUGAAGAGGACCCGGAGCCGUUCGGUCGCGUCAGGGACCAAAACAUCAUGACCCUGUGCAAGGAACUUGGUCUGUCGGUCGUCUCGCGCAUCUCGCACACGCUCUACGACCUGGAAAAAAUUUUAGAGAAAAACAACGGCAAACCUCCGCUGACGUAUCACCAGUUCCAGAACGUGGUGGCCUCGAUGGAGUCGCCACCGCAGCCCGAGCCAAUGGUCACCCUGGACACCCUGCGCGGCUGCUGGACGCCCCUCACUGAGGAUCACGACGACAAAUACGGCGUGCCGUCGCUGGAGGAACUAGGUUUUGACACGGAAGGGUUGUUGCCGCCGGUGUGGAGAGGUGGAGAGUCGGAGGCGUUAGCCCGGCUCGAGCGUCAUUUGGAGCGCAAGGCGUGGGUGGCCUCGUUCGGGCGGCCCAAAAUGACUCCGCAGUCGCUGCUCGCGAGCCAAACAGGCCUUAGUCCUUACCUCAGGUUCGGAUGCCUCUCGACAAGACUUUUCUACUACCAGCUGACUGAUCUCUACAAGAAGAUCAAAAAAGCUGCACCUCCGUUGUCGCUGCAUGGGCAGCUGCUGUGGCGGGAGUUUUUCUACUGCGCCGCCACGAAGAACCCCAACUUUGACAAGAUGGCAGGCAACCCUAUUUGCGUGCAGAUCCCGUGGGACAAGAACCCAGAGGCGCUGGCCAAGUGGGCCAAUGGCCAGACCGGAUUUCCCUGGAUCGACGCCAUCAUGACCCAGUUGCGGGAGGAGGGCUGGAUCCACCACCUGGCCAGGCACGCGGUCGCCUGCUUCCUCACAAGGGGCGACCUGUGGAUAUCCUGGGAGGAAGGCAUGAAGGUGUUUGAGGAACUUCUGCUUGACGCCGAUUGGUCAGUGAACGGGGGCAUGUGGAUGUGGCUGUCGUGCUCCUCCUUUUUCCAGCAGUUCUUCCACUGCUACUGCCCUGUUCGGUUCGGCCGGAAAGCAGACCCCAAUGGCGACUACAUCCGGAGGUAUUUGCCUGUACUGAAAAACUUCCCGACUAAGUACAUCCACGAGCCGUGGAAUGCGCCGGAAGCCGUGCAACGGGCGGCCAAGUGCAUCAUCGGCAAGGACUACGCCGUGCCUAUGGUCAACCACGCGGUCGCCUCCAGAAUCAACAUGGAGCGCAUGAAGCAGGUCUACCAGCAACUCUCCAAGUACAGAGGAGCAGGUCUAUUGGCGACGGUGCCGUCGUCGCAGAACGGCGUGAUCCCCAGCGAGACGCCGCACAGCGUGACGACCAUGUCACAAUCAGGGUCGCCCAACAACAUGAACCUGAAGCAGUCGUCGUUGUCGCCGCCCAAGGACAAGCACCGCAGCAAGUCGCCCGGCGCGCCGAUGCUGCCCCCUGCGCGGCCGCAGCAGCACCACAAGUCCAACCAGCACUUCCAGAAGCAGAGCGGCAUUUAGUGAUGAUGAUGAUGCCGUGUCGCGUAGUUCGCCCACUUUUCUCAAACACUCAUAGACUGCGUUGAACCCAAAGAGCAGCGAACUCUAUCUAUUUUGGCAAUUCGCGCAUCCAGUGGUUUUGAUGUGCUGGCACUUAAUCCCUCCCUCCCUCUCUCUUUUCCUUAUUUUUCGUGCUUUUGUGUCAUGAAUGCAUUUUGUACGGACCCUAUAUCGUGGAUAACAAAGAAGUCUCCGUUAAAAUGUGCAAUUAAUCACAGUAAAGUUCCUGUCAUUGGACUCGAUGUCAACACUAACUGUCAUUUUGCCAAUUCCUGGUGGUGCAUUUAGGCACUGCAAAUUAAACGCAUAUGUUUCAAUUUUGUUUCUGCAUUGAGGAAUUCAAAUGUGAUGUCGUUUAUAAAAGCGUUUAAGGUGCAAGUAGGGAGGCUACAAAAUAUUUUUAGAUCUAUAUUGUGUAAAUAUCGAUGACCAUACUGCUAAUCUUUUCUGUAAGAUAAACAAAUAAAGAUGAAAUUCCAAAGAGACAAA